AGACUCCAUGCGGUAUUUUGAUUGGUUAAAUUGCGACAUUCAGGAAAUCUGCGCACUGUCCCUGAUAGAACACCUGGGAAACCCGUCCAGCCACCGCCCAACCGAACGGGAAGUUGGAGAGAAAAGUAGAAGAAAACGUUCAAAAUAAGUACAGUGGACCAGUGACCAUGCAGACCAUUAAAUGUGUGGUAGUGGGGGACGGAGCUGUGGGUAAAACCUGCCUGCUCAUCUCAUACACAACCAACAAGUUCCCUUCAGAAUACGUCCCUACGGUUUUUGACAACUAUGCUGUGACUGUGAUGAUAGGAGGAGAACCCUACACACUGGGCUUGUUUGACACAGCAGGUCAGGAAGACUACGACAGGUUGAGGCCGCUCAGUUAUCCCCAGACAGAUGUUUUCCUCGUGUGUUUCUCUGUCGUGUCUCCGUCAUCGUUUGAGAAUGUAAAAGAAAAGUGGGUUCCAGAGAUCACGCACCACUGUCCCCGCACACCAUUCCUGUUAGUCGGCACCCAGGUGGAUCUGCGUGACGACGCUACCACCACAGAAAAGCUGGCUAAGAACAAGCAGAAGCCAAUCACGGGCGAGCAGGGGGAGAAACUUGCGCGGGAACUCAAGGCUGUCAAAUACGUGGAGUGCUCCGCUCUCACACAGAAAGGGUUGAAGAACGUGUUCGACGAAGCGAUCCUGGCUGCGCUGGAGCCGCCCGAACCCAAAAGGAAGAGAAAAUGUGUCCUGCUAUGAGCCUGUCUGGGGAGUAGGGGGGAAGGGGGGAGGGAGAGAUGGAGGGGGUUAGGGAGGGGAGGUCACCUACUCAGCCCGACCAUGGCAUUGUCCUAGGGGGAAUACAACAAUGUCCACUAACACUGGUCACCUUAUCUAUGGAAAGGCAGUCUCAAAUAUCCAGGUUAAUGUCCUACACCUAAACUUCUGUGAAUGGAUGUACAGUAAAGCGCAUGCUUUUCUCUGUAUGUUACAGCAUUUCUGUGAUAAGGUGUAGCUGUAGACUUGUUUGGCUGGAAGGCUUGUUGGAGAUUUCCAAAUCCCUACGGCAUUUCCAGAUAUAAGGCCACACCAAUUUCUUCCCUUGGUUUUUAGACACACCUGAGUAAAAUCUUAGAAAACGGUAACAAAGUAAAACAUGCAUCAAACUGCGUGAGACUAUCUCUACCAAGGUUCAGACUUCCCUUCAGUUUUCUAUGUCAGCUUUUUUUUCACAGAAUCUGAAAACCAUAGAGUUCAAUUGGUGUGGCCUUAACUGACCAGUGUUCAAUCUUGCUACAAAAACGUAAUGAAAAACAUGGCCCAACGAACCACAAAAGUCUUUACUGACCAAGAAGGGUACUAUUCUGAUUAGGUAGCAGCCUCAGUAAAAUCCGGAGAACAAAAUUUCACAAAACUACAAGUUGAACUCGUGGGAAUGAGAGGACAAAAUGCAGCAUGCAAUGAAUUUCAUGACCAAAUUACUCGAUCGAAAAGUCCUUUGAUUCCUCUAUAUCGCACUGAUGGAUAAUCAGUAUGUUGUAAGAAAGAAUGUAGUUGAUUGACUGUGGUAAGCAUUUUCCUGUACAUACUAAGUAGUGUAAAGUCGAGAACUAUGAUAGUAAUGUUUUACAAGUUUCACGCGCAAGUACAUGUGGGGUAUAUUGGGGUGGUAGAACUUUAUACCAACUGAUAUUACGAAUGACUCAUAAUCUCAACAUGGUAGAAGAAAUGCCACAAGAAGUUUGUUAGUAUUUUGCAGUUUUCUGUUAUCAAUGACGUUUAAUUUAAAUCAAUAUCAUAAAGCAUUUAGCCGAAUGAUGCAUUCACCCAUGUCCUAUAUUGUGUAAAGCAGUAAUAGACGUUACAUAUUUAGAUUGGUUUUUCGUUUAUUCUAUAUUUUGCAGAGAAAUACCUGAAAAACAGGCCAGAACUUGACAUGGCCUGAGACAAAAAUGUGCUCACGAUGAUAAACUCUUAUGUACCAACAUGGAGAACUGAAUAAAUUGUAAAAGUA